AUGUCAUCUCUCAUUAAGCUAUCAAGUGUUCUUGUAAAUGACUUGAAACUUUCCAAACGCUUAAAUACUGGUUUUUUAGAAUUCAAGGAAGCUUUCUCCUUGUUCGACAAGGAUGGUGACGGUACGAUCACUACCAAAGAAUUGGGAACUGUUAUGCGAUCGCUUGGCCAAAACCCCACCGAAGCUGAGUUGCAAGAUAUGAUUAAUGAAGUCGACGCAGAUGGAAACGGAACCAUUGAUUUUCCCGAGUUCCUCACUAUGAUGGCGAGGAAAAUGAAGGAUACUGACAGUGAAGAGGAGAUUCGCGAAGCCUUCCGAGUUCGUUUCUUUUCGUUUCUUUCAACUUUCGUUUUCAUUUUGGAAAUACCUCAAAAGUCUCUUAUGUUUACGGCCAUGUAG